CCGGCGGUCCCUCAGCAGCCGGUGCAGGUGUCCCGGGCCUCAUCUUCGCCCCACGGCUCGCACACGCGACACGCCCUGGGACCGCUCUUUUUUCGGUGCCUCUUUAUCCUUCUUUCCCCGCCGCUGGGUCUGAAUGGGUUCUAGGAUUCAGAACUGAUGCAGAAUGGCAGCGCUGCUGAAGAAAGCGCGCAGAUCCUGCAGAGCCGGGUUGCCAUGGCUGCUGUUGACAGCUUCUACCUCUUGUACAGGGAAAUUGCCAGGUCUUGCAACUGCUAUAUGGAAGCACUGGCCUUGGUGGGAGCAUGGUACACAGCCAGAAAGAGCAUCACGGUCAUCUGUGACUUCUACAGCCUGGUCAGGCUGCACUUCAUCCCUCGCCUGGGGAGCAGGCCCGACCUCAUCAAGCAGUAUGGAAGAUGGGCUGUCGUCAGUGGGGCCACAGAUGGCAUUGGGAAGGCCUAUGCUGAGGAGUUAGCGAGCCAUGGACUCAACAUCAUCCUGAUCAGCCAUGAAGAAGAGAAGCUGCAGGCUGUGGCCAAGCACAUAGCUGACACCUACAGGGUGGAGACAGUUGUCAUGGUAGCAGACUUCAGCAGAGGCCGGGAGGUUUAUGCUCCAAUCCGAGAAGCCCUGAGAGACAGAGACAUUGGCAUCCUGGUGAAUGACAUGGGAGCAUUCUACCCCUACCCCCAGUAUUUCACCCAGAUUCCUGAGGACACGCUCUGGGACAUUGUGAAUGUGAACAUUGCGGCUGCAAGCUUGAUGGUCCACAUAGUGCUUCCGGGAAUGGUGGAGAGAAAGAAGGGUGCCAUCGUCACAGUGUCUUCUGGCUCCUGCUGCAAGCCCACACCGCAGCUGGCUGCCAUUUCUGCAUCCAAGGCCUAUCUGGACCACUUCAGCCGAGCCCUGCAGUAUGAGUAUGCCUCUAAAGGGAUCUUCGUGCAGAGUCUGAUCCCCUUCUACGUGACCACCAGUGUGACGGCACCCGGCAGCUUCCUGCACAGAUGUCCGUGGCUGGCACCUUCGCCCAGAGUGUAUGCACAGCAUGCGGUGUCGACCCUGGGCAUUUCGAAAAGGACCACGGGCUACUGGUCCCACUCUAUUCAGUUUCUUUUCGCACAGUAUAUGCCUGAGUGGCUCUGGGUGUGGGGAGCAAACCUUCUCAACCGCUCCCUACGGAAAGAGGCCUUAUCCUGCCAAGCCUGAAUCUGGAAGCUGGGGAGAGGCUGGGCCAAGCCACAGUAACCUGCAGUAUUCCGGCAUUUGGAAAACACAUUUAGUUCACCUGCAUAUUGUCUCUUACUGAGUACCUAGUGUGUUGCCAUCUUUCACGAGGCCGACUUUCAGUCUGCGAGAAAACCUCAGGGACCACACGGGUGGCCCAGGGCUCAUAGCCACGAAGCCUGAGAACAGAAGGGAAGGCUUCCCUAGCGGUUAGAAUGGCCAGCUCCUGUAAGGGAAAUCACUUGUUUUCCUCUUAUAGGUGAUUACACUAUUGGCUUUCAAACGUUCAUCACGCUGGGCGUGGUGGCUCAUGCCUUCAAUCCCAGCACUCGAGAGGUGGAGACAGAUGGAUUUCUGAGUUUGUCUGGGUUAUGUAGUGAGUUUCAGGCUAGCCAGGGAUACAUAGUUAAAACCUAUCUCAAAAAAUAAUAAUAUCGUUCAUCAGGAAGACAACAGAGAAGUGUUAUUUUCUAACUGUGAACUGUGAGUGCAGAUGGUGUUAGCAGUAGACAUGGGUGUCACACCACAUAGCUCCAUGUUGGGGCAUCUGUGUGUGCACACUGCCUUUCCCCAUGCUUCCCCCAGAACUGUGUGUGCUGUGCGCUAUGUGUGUCUGAGCAAUGUUAUUGAUAUGACUUUAAUAGAGACUUUGUCAGGACGAGGUAACGGGGAGCCUUACCGUAUUAAAGGUCUGGGUUACUCCUUUUCACUUGGUAAAAGCCUGCCCAACCCUGUCGUGGGCUUACCAUGUCUGACGCUGCUUCCUUUGAGUGGUUUUUGUCUUUCUAACUCCGUGGGCAGGUUUCAUUCCCAGAUUGGGAUACAUAAUGGGUUAUCUUUUGAUUUCUAAGUUAAUUGUUGUGGCUAAGUAGUGAUUUCUCAGUGUGUCUAUGUUGUAACUGACCCCUUCAGAGCUGCUUAUAGCUGGUUUUCGUACACUUUUCUAUGUAAUCCAAUUUCUUCCCAGGAGCAUUGUUGAUAAAAUCAUCAAGUGUUUGUGGAAUAGUGGUGAAAAUAUGUGCAACUUUUGUGUGUGGUAUGAGGUAUUAUGGAAAUAAUGUUAGAAGCUCAUUUUUGGCCUGUGUAAUGAAUGUGUACAUUAUAGGGGAUGCUUUUAUUGGUGUGAAGAUAAUUUACACAAACCCCCACAAUAUGGGUGAGUGUUGAAACUUACUGCGUUUAAUUCAGUCUUUUAAAACCAAACACUUGUACGGGUUUCAUAGCCAGCACUUGGGAAUCCGUAAGUUAUGGCGUCGUGUACAGAGUGGAGGAAUGUGGCACUUAACAUUGUGGCACUGAUGCUGUGCCCGGGAAAUGAAAAUGGAUGGAAUGCUGGGACUUGUGUGGAAUUAUUUGAGGUGACAUUCCAGCCCCCAUAGGCGCAAGUGCACCUUGGGGGUGCUGUGACUGGGAUCCAGAAGACCAGUGGUUAGAUUCUGAAGUUCUUCCUGUCCUCAAUUAUGUCUUCAGAACAUGUGCAGAACUCUGCUUGGUGAUAGUGGCAGAAGAACAUUGGUGGGGACUGCUGUCAUACUGACGAGAACUUUGGGGGAAUAUGUGAUAAGCAGCAGCAGCUCCACUUGAAACGUCAUCAAGCAUGAUCCCCUGGGGGUAGGGGUGCGGAGGUGGGAGACUCGGGAGUUCAAGGCUAUCAUGGGCCACAAAGUGAAACCCUGGUUCAGGAAACAAAAUCCAUAGCAGGAACACACUGUCAGUUCUGUGUAAGGUCCUGUGGUCCAGUAUUCAGACUUGUCAGGCAAAGUGCAGAGUCCUUGCUGUGUGGUAAGAGAGGUCCACAUUGUCAGUGAUGGUCCUUCAACAGGACUCAGCUAGAACUUGAUGAUUGGUGCAGACUCAGAGCACAGUGGCGAUCCAUGGCUCCAGGAGAAGAUCCAAACCAGGCAUCCUUAGGCUUCCUAGCUUUCAUACUCAGCCCCUCUGCCGAGAGUUAUUCCUCUCACUGUGGACAUGUUUUGUUGUUGUUGUUUGUUUUUGUUUUAAACCAAGGAAGGAAGAGCUCUGAACUUGAACCUUUGUAACUUACCCUGUGAAUUAAAAUGUAACAAUAAAAGCAUCACUGUUUCCUUUA